AUGUCUCAGGCUCUGACUCGCUCUGUCCUGCGACGCGCGGAGAUGCUGCGCAACGUGUCUGCGAGGCAAAUGUCGUCGUCGUCGUCGCACGCGCAUGACGUUGAGGAGACCAUCAAGUGGCGCAACAUCACGGCUGUCGCAAUGGUCGGCUGUUUGGCUCUGGGCGUCUACAACUUCGCGGGAGCUGCUCACCACGAGAAGCACGAGCGACCGGCAUACCCCUACCUCCACAUUCGCAACAAGGAAUUCCCUUGGGGACCCUGCGGCCUGUUUGAAUGGGAUUGCAAGACUGCCGCGGGUGCCAAGUGA